AUGCCACCAAUUCGCCUCCAAACCUCGAGAAACUCAAUCGAGCAAGAGGGUAGGAUCUUAUUAGCUAUUCAGGCUAUAAAGAACCAAGAAAUCAGCGCUGUUCGUGAAGCAGCACGUCGUUUUAAUGUGUCGGAGCCGACACUUCGCCGCCGCCUCCGCGGUGUUCAAAACUGUGCGAAUUCACGCGCCAACUCACAUAAAUUGACAGAAAUCGAAGAGGAAACGCUUCGAAAAUGGAUCCUAUCGCUUGAUGAUCGUGGAGUAGCGCCCCGGCCGACUACCGUACGAGAAACUGUGAAUAUUCUUCUUAAGGCUCGCGGAACAACCCCUAUUCAAACAGUCGGGGAAAAAUGGGUUUAUAACUUCGUGAAAAGGCAUCCUGAACUAUCAAACCGGUUCUCGAGGUGCUAUAAUUACGAAUAUGCGAAGUGCGAAGACCCAAAAAUUAUUGGUGAAUGGUUUAAUCUUGUUCAAAAAACUAUAUUUCAAUACGGUAUCGAUCCCGACGACGUUUAUAACUUUGACGAGACUGGUUUCGCGAUGGGAUUAACAGCGAUUGCGAAAGUCGUUAUAAGGGCUGAAUACUAUGGUCGGCGAUCGCUUUUAUAA